UCCCACUGUUGGCAGGUUCACAUCGGUUACCUUCCCAACAAGAGAGUUCUGGGCCUCAGUAAGCUGGCCAGGAUUGUUGAAAUCUACAGCCGUCGACUACAAGUUCAGGAGAGGUUGACCAAACAGAUAGCCGUGGCGAUCACAGAGGCCCUGCAGCCUACCGGGGUGGGGGUGGUCAUCGAGGCAACUCACAUGUGUAUGGUGAUGCGAGGCGUUCAGAAGAUGAACAGUAAAACCGUCACCAGCACCAUGUUGGGAGUCUUCAGGGAAGAUCCGAAAACCCGUGAUGAGUUUCUGACGCUGAUCAGGAGCUGAGGACGAAGAAGCUCUUCUUCAUCCUCCUGUUGCCUGGGGUUACCUCCACGGGCUACCUGUGUGUGUGUGUGUGUGUGUGUGUGUGUGUGUGUGUGUGUGUGUGUGUGUGUGUGUGUGUGUGUGUGUGUGUGUGUGUGUGUGUGUGUGUGUUUCCAUCUCACCAACUGCAGAGACAAGAGUCCACUCCUGACUGUUUUCCAUCCAACUCUUUGUAUUGGUCAGAUAAGGUGAAGCGUUACCGUGGUGAUUUCUGUGUUGGAGACCACAGAUUAACAUGUUGUUUACUUUUUUUAGGACAAAAGGACAAACUUACCCCCCUUUGGUCUAUCUGAGUUUUUUGUUUUCCUGGAAAUACAGGGGACAGUUUGAAAAGAAGACUGUUUGAAAUCCCUUUACAUAGUCAGAUACACAUAGACAAAACUCAAAUGUGCUAAGUGAUGUAAAGUAUCCUCACGGAUCCUUAUAGCCGGAGACAUAUUCACGAAACAUCAUGAGGCCAAAAGUAGCUGACACCUGUCCAAGUUAGACAAAAGACAACAAAACUUUAAAAUAAUGUACUUUUUUGGUCUGAGAUGAAUUCAGAAAACAUGUCAGCUUUGUGAGAGAUGAUGUGUCUCCCAAAUACAUGAAUAUUAGAGGAUUAGAAGCAGUGUUUACUGUUGGAGGAUUACAUAAUUGGUAGAAAAUAGUUUGCAACAUUGAUGAACACAAUGGGUUCAUCACAGUUUGUAUUUGUUGGACAUCGCUGGAUUACCUGCAGUAAAACAUCUGCAUCUGAGAGAAAAAACAGUAUUCUACUUUUUCACUUUAAGUUUUUAAAUAAAUUAUAAAUAAUAUUACGGUCCUGCGUGGACCAGCCUGUAUGUGCCAACUCGCCUCUUUAUGAAUACUCACCGUCUUAAAGCAAACUGAAACAUUUUGAAUUUCUCAAGAGGCAAAUUAAAUGUGUGUGUGUGUGUGUGUUGUUUAGUGACUUUGUUUUUUCACGUGUAGCAUACUUUUAGCAUUUGAUUGCGUAAUGAUGUCCCCAGACUGAUAUUGGAAGGUUUUAUUUUGUGAAAUGUAUGUGUGCAUGUGUGUGUCUCUGUGUUUUCAAGGAGAGAUGAGCUCUAAGAGUCAGCUCUGAAGAUGUUGUUGUUUUUGUGGCCUUGUUGAGAAGAGUGGCCUGUUGUGUGGCCCCUUCACCAUCAGUGUCACUUUCUGUACUUUGUUCAUUCCAGAUACUUUUUAAUCAAAGAAAAAUAAAUCUCUAUGUGACAG